AGGCUGGAGCGCCGCUAGGUACAGAGCGGUCGGAGCUGCGGAGCACUCCCGGCAGGUUCCGCGCUGGGGGAGCGAGCGCUGCGGCACCAGCGGGAGAGGCGAGCCGGAGCCCUAGCAGCGGCGCUGCGCUGCACCCGGGGGGAGCUGCGGCGGCAGCGGCAGCGGCGGCGGCGGCGCGGGGCCGGGUGCGCCAUGGCGCACCGAGCGACGGGCUCCUCUGCUCAGCAGGCGGCCCGGGAUGUCCAGAUGUCUGGACUGCAAGCCUGCACCGUUCUGAGAGGGAGAUGACUGGAGUGGCCAGCAUUUAUCUCCACGACAAUGUCCAUGAACAAUUCCAAACAGCCAGUAUCUCCUGCAGCUGGGCUCCUUUCAAACACAACCUGCCAGACGGAAAACCGGAUUUCUGUAUUUUUUUCAAUAAUCUUCAUGACAGUGGGAAUCCUAUCAAACAGCCUUGCCAUUGCCAUUCUCAUGAAGGCCUAUCAGAGGUUUAGACAGAAGUCCAAAGCAUCGUUUCUGCUUUUAGCCAGUGGCCUGGUAAUCACAGACUUCUUCGGACAUCUCAUCAAUGGAGCAAUAGCUGUGUUUGUAUAUGCAUCUAAUAAGGAUUGGAUCCGCUUUGAUCAAUCAAAUGUCCUGUGCAGUAUUUUUGGUAUCUGCAUGGUAUUCUCUGGCCUGUGCCCACUUUUUCUAGGCAGUGUGAUGGCCAUUGAGCGAUGUAUUGGAGUCACCAAACCCAUAUUUCAUUCCACGAAAAUUACAUCCAAGCAUGUGAAAAUCGUGUUGAGUGGUGUGUGCUUGUUUGCCAUUUUCAUAGCUUUGUUGCCCAUCCUUGGGCACCGAGACUAUAAAAUUCAAGCGUCAAGGACCUGGUGUUUCUACAACACUGAGCACGUUGAAGACUGGGAAGAUAGAUUUUAUCUUCUGCUUUUUUCUUUUCUGGGGUUCUUAGCCCUUGGUGUUUCAUUCUUGUGCAAUGCCAUCACAGGAAUUAUACUUUUAAGGGUUAAAUUUAAGAGUCAGCAACACAGACAAGGGAGAUCUCAUCAUUUAGAAAUGGUCAUCCAACUCCUGGCUAUAAUGUGUGUCUCCUGCAUUUGCUGGAGUCCAUUUCUGGUAACGAUGGCCAACAUUGGAAUAAAUGGAAAUGAUUCUAUGGAAACCUGUGAAACAACGCUUUUUGCUCUUCGUAUGGCAACAUGGAAUCAAAUAUUAGAUCCUUGGGUGUAUAUUCUUCUGCGGAAGGCUGUCCUGAAGAAUCUCUACAAGCUUGCCAGGCGCUGCUGUGGAGCACAUGUCAUCAGCCUACACAUUUGGGAGCUUAGCUCCAUUAAAAACUCCUUAAAGGUUGCUGCCAUUUCUGAGUCACCAGUUCCAGAGAAAAUAAAUCAGGAAGCACCGAGCUUAACAGGACAGUAAUACAGUGUAGGGCUAGAGCAACAUUAGGGAAGAUUUUGGCAAGAUAUCAGUUAAUUAGUAAAUAUAUAUAUACAUAUAUAUAUAUAUAGCCUAACUGGAAAAUUCAGGCCUUGGUAUACAGUUUGGAAGUAUUUCUGUCAGUUCAGUUCUUGGAUUUUGUUCGAUUAACUGUAUAAUUGCACAUUUCACUUGUUCUUGUCAACUGGAGAUAGACACAAUAAAAUAAGGCUGUGGGAGUCAAACAGGUACCAGUUUUGAGCUUAUCUGUGUUAUUUGUGCUUUUGAAAUGAGUGAAUCUCUUAUGUUAAAGCCUAAUGUAUUUACCUGGCCUUUUGGCUAGAGAAUAUCUUAAUGCUACAUGCACAGUGAAAUGGCUAUUUUGUGAAAAGUGUUCUGCAGCUAUUACUUAGAGACUAGGCUUAAGGAGAUAGGGCACCCUCAUUAUUUGAUGUGAUCUGUUUUAUUCCUCAUUAUGUAGCCUCAGUCAAUAUAUUCAUGGUCAUGACACCUGGAGUUUACUGUGGUUUAUAUAGUGACUACCACAUUUGCCAGGUCUGCUUGAGCCUGAUCUUGUAAGCCUGUUUAGAAUGGGCUCAUUCUUGCCAUAUUUACAAACACGAUUGCUUGCAUUUAUUAUGAUGAAGGACAAGGAUUUUUUGAAGGGGAAUUUUUUUUUGGUGGAAAAAAUGGAUUUGUAGUUUUCCAGUAAUUCCUCCUUCCUGUGAAAAUGAGUGAUGCACACUAAUUUGUGGAUAAGCAAAGGCUAUAUAUUUGCAUAUAUCCAUGCAACUUGGGUUAUAGCAGUUCCCAAGCUCCACUAGGGAUAAUGAAAACAAGUAGGAUCCCUGCCCCAAUGAUAGGUGCAAAGAACAUUGAAGGUGCUUUAUCUUGAGCGGUCAUCAAAGUGGCCGAGAAUGAAAGAAACACAAUCAAGUAUGUAAUAUUCAAAUACUGUUUGCUUUACACCCCCACCUCCACCCUCCCACACACUCACUCAUGCAGAUGGACGUCAGACAAUUCUGUUGAUCAGUUUAUUAAAUCUGUGAGACAGCAUUUUCCUUAGCUACUAGCAUCAAGGGAGAAGACUGAAAAUUAGCAAUGCAUUCGGGAACCAUUAUAAAGUUUAACUGGGAAAUUAAGGGAUAAUCUCUACCCAAAUUUCCCAUUUAGAAUUCAAACUUUUUCUUUGUUGUAUAAUUCAAUAAAAAUAAUUUCAGACUUCUUUCAAAAUGUUGUAGGUCCAUUGGAGAAUAAGAUAGGUGGUCUGCUCAACUGUAAAAAUUAAUUGUAAGAGAAUUCUUUUGCUUUCAUUGUCUUAAUUGGAUUGGUAGUUUACAUUGGAAGUCACCAACAUUUGUGGGUUUUGGUAAAUGCUUGGGAGUGAAUUAAAAGAAAUUAAGCAGACAGCUUCACUGAAUAUUAAAAAGUAAUCAUGGCUGGUGCCACAGCUCACUAGGCUAAUCCUCUGCCUGCGGCACUGGCACCCUGGGUUCUAGUCCCGGUUGGGGCUCCGGAUUCUGUCCUGGUUGCUCCUCUUCCAGUCCAGCUCUCUGCUAUGGCCCGGGAAGGCAGUGGAGGAUGGCCCAAGUGCUUGGGUCCCUGCACCCACAUGGGAGACCGAGAGGAAGCACCUGGCUCCUGGCUUCAGAUUGGCACAGUGCGCCGGCCGUGGCGGCCAUUUGGGGAGUGAACCAAUGGAAGGAAGACCUUUCUCUCUGUCUCUCUGUCUCUCACUGUCUAACUCUGCCUGUCCAAAAAAAAAAAAAAAAGUAAUCAAUUUCAGGUGACUUAAAAAACAAACACAAACACAUAUUGGCAUGUGAUUUUCUUAAUUUAAGAGCUGCAAAUGACUAAUCAUGUAAUUUUAUGUUAUUCUCAUGUGCUCAUGGAUAGAGCACAUAGUAGAUGCCUGAUAAAUACUUGCCAAAUUGAAUUACAAACAAGAAUUUCUUUAUGCAAAAUGAAUAUGGAAUUGCAAAGUUUGUGUCUGUUUUUAAUUUAAACUGACAGUUAUAUAUUACUUAUUGUGCUAUAUAUAUGUAUGUAUGUAUAUGUGUGUAUGUGUGUAUAUACUUAUAUGUGUGCAUGUUUUAAAAAAGUCAUUGCAAUUUGUGAUUGCUGUUAUAUUACAAAAAUGUUCUCAUGUGUUCAAAGAGCACUUAAAAUCCUGAAGAAUUUUAGAUGGUUCAUUUAUUUUCUAAGGAGGUAUUUAUUUCCUACAGGAACCAAAAUCUCCAGCUGUUGUGGCGAUGCUGUGUACAAAGCCACAGUGAACAUUAUCAUGUAUCUUGACUGGGGAGAAGCACAGCGGAGAAACUCUAGAUCUCUUCUCCUUGAGACUUCUAAUCUGAUGGGAGUUAUGCUCUACUGCUGUGAUGCCUCCCUUUCUAUGAGCAUCUGCGCUGAGAUCUUGUGUCAUGACCAUAUGGAAAUGCAUGAGCAUGUCAGGCAUUGGGGAAUGAUGGGAGAGUGCAUUUCCAUGCAUUUCCAUGCAUUUCCUGAAAGAGCUGUUUAUAUUAUCUGAGCAAGUGUCUAAGGCAACCAAUUGGUCUUCAGAUGGUGGUAAACCUAAGAAGUAGACAUCAAAGUUGAAAAAAUUAGUAAAAUAAUGUGCAUUUACGUUGAUGUAGGCUUUUCAUUCAAGGAACACAAAUUUGAAGUGAAUGCACCAAUGUGCAUAACUGACUUCAGAAUUUUAUUUUUUUGCACAUAAUUUAGCACUUUAGUGUUUAAUGAACCAUGAAGUGGAGUACCCACCAAUAAUUUUCAUAUGAAUGUUCAAAGUGAAAGUAUGCUUAUUCAGAUUCUUGGAAAUAAUACAGAUGGUUUCAACAAGGUUAGUAAUUUGAAUGUUUAAAGUUCUGUUUUAAAAUUCAUAAUUAGAUCUUCAGAGUCUAAUGAAUUCCUCUUUCCAUUAGUAAGGUGGAAUCCACACAAUUUCACACACUCUUGGGGCAUGUGAUUUCUGGAAAAUUACAUUAUUCUGGACAAAUUCUAAACAUGUCAGGGUUUUUUUCACUAUUAGCGAAUUUCACAAAAAAAUCUGACUACCCACUCCCCCAACUCCCAAUGUGAAGGUCUUCAUGAUUAUAAAUACAGAAACAGAAAAGGGUGACUCAUAAUGCGCUGUAGGUACAUCCAAAAACAUCAGAUCCUUUAUUGAUGGAUUUCAUUAAGUGGUAGAAAUAUGGCAUUUUUAAUUAUUUUCUAAAGAUAGAAAAGUUGCUUCUAAUUAUCUAUAUAGCUGAAGUGGAAAGUACCUAAAUGUUAAUAUAUACACAUAUGAAACUUUAUCUGUGUUAUAUAACAAGUGGUCAUGUUUGUUCAGUUUCAGACUUAUUGUUGUGCCUAAAUUGAGUUUAGACCUCUAAUAUGAGCAUUCCUUAAAUAGUGAGUGAACUUUUUGUGAAAAUUGUUAUUUGCUUUGCCUGUGCACCAUCAUUGCUCUAAAUCAACUGUCUAGGGUGAGAAUAUAAAGUAUGAGAAUGUACAUUUUCUUACUUCAUCUGUGCAUUAGGAGACUUUACCACUGGGUACAUAAUAUUGGACUUUGACUUGUUCUGGUACAUGUUCAUGGUAGGUGACAUGUGUUUGCCUUUGUUAUGUGAAUAAAUGUAUUUUGUGCUCUUCAUGCUUGGAUUGUAUAAGAGGUUAAAUAGUGAUAUGUAUAUUUUGUUGCUUGCAUAAGUAUGCAGCUCAUGUAACUUUAGUGUUUUGACUAGCUUAAAACUUCAAACAAAUGAUUUUAUAAUAAACUUGGACCAACAUA